AUGGCAACUUUGACAGUCUGUCCCAUAUAUGACGACACUUCAGAAUUGACGUCAGCUACACUUCAGCUUAUUUACACCAAAUUUCAGCUCUUCUGCUCCAUUAUUCUUGAACUUGGACAGCUUCUCAAGGCAAAUCUAAUUACAUCAGUGGAGCUUACUGGAAUUUUCUUGAAGAGAAUCAAGAGGUAUGGUCCUGUUCUUGAAUCUGUCGUUACAGUUACUGAAGAAUUAGCAUACAAACAAGCAAAAGAGGCUGAUCAACUGCUUGCUGAAGACAAAUAUUUGGCUUCUCUGAUUUCGCUCAAAGGGAUUACACGUUUAACGUCUCCUUUUCUAUAUAGGUCCUCUUCAUGGAAUUCCUUAUGGCUGAAAUCUGCUGGGGCAGUUCUUGUAGCAAAGUUAGUUACUGGUUCUUUAGCAUAUGAUGACAUCUGGUUUGGUGGUAGAAUAACAAACCCAUGGAAUAUCGAGGAGCACUCUGUGGGAUCAUCAGCAAGGCCUGCGUUUUACACCUCAGCAGGUUUGGUUCCAUUUUCAAUUGGUUCAGAAACUUCCGGCUCUAUUACUUAUCCAGCUUCUCGUUGUGGCGUGAUGACACUGCGACCCCCCUUUGGAGCUGUUAGUCGCUCGGGUGUUAUGAGCAUAGAUGAAAGCUUGGAUAAAUUAGGCCCUUUUUGUAGAAAUUCUGUGGAUUGUGUGAUUGUUCUGGAUGCCAUUCGGGAGAAGGACCCGGAUGAUGUUUCAUCCAGAGACAUUCCCUUUACAGAUCCUUCUUCGGUGAAGCUUCAUUUGAACCUUCUCAAAGACAUCAAAGAUGACUUGGAAUUCUGUUUCAAGCUGGCUAAGGAAGAAUCUUUGAUGAUUUUACCUGGUAAAAGAAAACAAACUCUUAGAAAGCUAAUAAAACUGUCGAAAACACUUCAUUGUGGUUAUUAUGAGAAGAGGAGGAAUCGAUGUUAUAAUUAUGGUCAGCUUGGUCACAUGCAGCGAGAUUAUCUUUCAUCCAAGGUUGCCACUGUGGCUAAUAAAGUUUUGAUUGCCACAUCUCUUACACCAAAGGGCACUACUUUUGGUACUAGCACUAGCCAGAAUCGCCUCUAUGCAUUUGCUACUCACCAGGAAUCUUAG